AUCUGUUUCCUCUCCAUCACAUGACCCCUUCCAAACUCUAGUAUAGUGCAGGAGGGGAGCUGUGCUGUGAGCAGGGGAAGUGGCUGGAUGAUAUUCUGGACUUGAGACAAACUUAUGCAUACUACAAUAGGGGAUCCUGCCGUAGUCGUACAGGCAGCAGCAACAAAACCACUAUAACACUGGAGAGACUUGGAAGCUCCCCAUCCAGCUGCCGGAUCCCGUCCCAGGCUGAAGAGUUCAGUGUUUAUGGAAGAAAUGUCAGAAGCUGAAGUAGCAAGUAACGGGAAUUUCAGCAAUGGGGAGAACAGGAGAACUGAGGGGGAGAGUCACAUAGAUGUGAAUAUUGCUGAUGAGCAAAAUCUUCUGCUGGCAGCUGCAUUUGUUUAUGAUGCUCAGUACAACAGGAACAUCCACUUUGAAACAUCGCCGGAAGCAGUGAGGCUUUAUUACUUUUAUAACCAUUGGAUUAUGCAAGUGGCUACUUACUUCUUUAUUACUGUGGAUCUGUUACUGGCAGUGUUUGAGGAACCUGCAGUCUACCCAUUGCCAUUUCUGGCAACCUCAAUCGUGGAGGUGCUAUGUCUCCUGGCUUUUUUUGGCCGACUUGUACAUUUUAGUAAAGUUACCCCUCGCAGCAUAUUCUGGAAAGACACAAAGAAUAUAUGUGUAAUGGUCACAAUAGUGCUCAAUUUAAUUGAUUUGAUUAUAUAUGGGGCGCUGAUUAUUGCUGAGAUACAGAGUGUCCGAUGGUCAAGAGUGUUAAGGCCCAUUUAUUUGAUCAACUUUGCUGAAAGCCGUCAGAUCCGCCGGGCGUUCCGAAGUAUCCGAAACACACUGCCAGAGAUCAUGUACGUCUUCCUUCUCUUUAUGUUCAGUGUUCUUUUGUUUUCACUGAUGGCACUGCAACUUUUUGGGAACAGAAAACUUAAGACAGCUGAAGGGGAGCCAUAUUUUGCAAACUAUCUGGAUGUUGUAUUUAACCUGUAUGUACUAGUAACAACUGCUAAUAGUCCAGAUGUCAUGAUGCCAGCUUAUGACCAUAAUCCAUGGUAUUCCAUUUUCUUCAUAGCCUAUAUCAUACUCAACACUUACAUCUUCAUGUCAGUCUUCCUGGCUGUAGUGUACAACAACUACAGAAAGCACCUAAAGAAUGAAAUCCGUAAACUGGCCUACAUGAAGCGUCGCAAGAUGGUGGAUGCCUUUAAUGCUCUAAAGGUAAAAGAGGGCUCAGAGUUUGUCAUUAAAGAAGAUAAGUGGAAACAGUUGGUGAAGUUGGUGGCCCCAGAUAUCAGCAACUCACAUAGGGAACUUCUUUUGAGAGUAUCGGAUGAUGAACAGAAUGGGUAUGUGGGAAAGGAUGCUUUCAUACGUCUGGCUGACCUCCUCAACAUAAAAGUUAUUACUAUGAAAACACGGAUGCAUCCCUUGGAGUCCUGGAUGCCUCACGUGUACAAGUCUGCAUGGAGUCGCUUCAUUCGUCGAGUGGUUCAGCAUAAAGGGUUUGUCUAUGCUUACGAUGGGAUCAUUCUGGUGAAUGCAAUUUUCAUUGCCCUGGAUGAAAAUAACCCAUUGAUUUCCAAUGCAGAGUGGGUAUUUCUUGCAUUUUACCUGGUGGAAAUCCUUCUCAAACUCUACACAUAUGAUCCCAGGUCAUUUUUCGCCAAGAAUCAGUUCUGGAAUUGGUUUGACACACUCAUCAUUGUUGCAGCUCUGAUUGCUACAAUUAUAAAUACAUCCCUGAAAUCAGUGGGCCAGUACAGCAGCCAGCAGGUGCUCGAUAUUGUCUUCAUUUUAAGGGUUCUCCGACUCAUCAGGAUCAUUGACAGCAUUCAAAGGUUCCGGGUCAUUAUGAAUACAUUAAUAAAUAUAUUGCCAACAAUGCUGACAUUUUCCGGACUUCUAAUAGCGAUAUACUAUGUGUUUGCUAUUCUUGGAAUGGAAAUUUUCAAUGGAAAAAUCAGGUUCUUUCCAGAAAAUUCAACUGACCCCUAUGCACAGGAAUGUGGAACAUCAGCUCUAAAAGACUCUGCCUUUGCCAAGAGCAAGUACUGCAAAAAUAACUUUAAUGACUUGGGAUCUGCCUUCAUUGUGCUUGUGGAGCUGACGGUGGUUAACCAGUGGCAUGUUCUGGCUAAUGGGUUUUCUCUGGUGACCCAUGCAGCAGCAAGGCUUUACUUUAUCGCGUUCCAUGUUGUUAUCGUCAUUCUGAUCAUCAACAUUUUUGUGGCCUUUAUUUUGGAAGCUUUUUUUGUUGAAUAUUCUCUGGAAAAGAGCGAAGUUGAAACUGCAAUAGAGAAAAAAAUUCAGGAGCUGGGUAUGGCUGUUCAAGAAGAUGCGUCAUCUGGAAAUUUAGUGGAGAACAUGGAAAGCUGUGAAACUGAUGCUGGUACUUUUGGGGAGACAAAUCAGAAAGGACUGAUGUUUCGAAUUGCUUCAAAAAGGUACAGGACAGUGGAUGCAUUACUACAGCGAAUGUUUGAAUCAGAAAUACCACCAGAAGAUGAAGGUCCCCCAAUCGAAGAUAUCUUAAACUUUUCUCCUAAUGAUCUGUACAUUCACAACCCAACCUUUCACACGGCUGCCUAACAUUGGGGCUGAAUAUUGGACUAUAUGAACCUAUGUGUGUGCCAAGACAUCCACUUCCUCUACAAAUAAGCUCCACUAAUCAGUGAGUAGUGACAUACUUUCCAUGGAACUGUUUACUUUUUGGCACUCACCUGUAAAAGCUAAGGUAGUGCAAGAGGACAUGGAACUUCAGGCAAUGCUAAAAACAAUUCCAUUUUGCACUAUUUGCACUGUAUAUAGAAAUUUGAAGAAGAGGCUCCAUAUUUUUAAUAUCAGAAAUUGAAGCAUUUAAUUAAUCAACAUUUAUUCCAUAGAUAGUCUAUUCAGUUUUAUAUCCCUUAGUAUCUUCCCAGAGAACCAAGACUUUUUCCACUUGACCCAUUAGCUUACUUGAAUUGCCUGUGCAAAAUGUGCGAUACAAGGAUGAAUUCAUUUAGUUAAGCUGCUGCGCUCAGCUAUUUGGGAACAUCUCACCUACAUUCCUGAAAACAUCUGACUUUUCUUUUUCAUUUACAGUUUUUAUAUCUAUACAAUUUAAUAUAACAAUUUAAAAAAUAUAUAUUAUAUGCAACAUGUGAUUAUUUAUAAAUAAAGAACAAACUUAAUAAAAUGA